UUGGGUCCCUGUCUCCCUCUCUCCGGCAUCUGCAAACGUACGCAAGCGUGAUCUAUCCUAGCAGCUCGCGUUCAAAAACACGUGGUCGCGGGGAUGGGUCGUCCAGAUUUCGCCCCACGUAGUGACCGAGGCGGCAGAGGUGGUUUUGGAGGCCGUGGCCGUGGUGGAGGCUUCGGAGGGGGAGACAGGGGAGGUUUUGGGGGCAGGGGGCGCGGUGGAGGCCGGGGCGGCGGCGGCUUCAGGGGUCGCGGCGGCUUCGGAGGGGACAGAGGAGACGGAGACGGCGGGGGCAGAGGCGGCUUUGGCCGUGGCCGGGGUGGCUUCGGGCGAGGCGGAGAUCGAGGGGGCCGUGGCGGCUUUGGCGGCAGGGGAGGUGGCGGCUUCAGAGGAGGCCGUGGGGGAGACAGGGGAGGGAGGGGCGGCAGGGGAGGAGGAGGAAGAGGGGGCAGAGGAGGCUUCAGGGGAGGCAAGAAAGUUUUCAUUGAGCCACACAGGCACGAAGGUGUGUUCAUUGCACGUGGCAAGGAGGACGCACUGGUCACAAAGAACCUUGUAGUGGGAGAGUCCGUGUACGGAGAAAAGAGGGUCUCUGUAGAGGAAGGAGAGACCAAGCUGGAGUACAGGGUCUGGAACCCCUUCCGGUCCAAGCUUGCGGCAGCCAUCCUGGGCGGUGUGGACAAGAUCCACAUGCCCCCCGGCUCCAAGGUCCUCUACUUAGGAGCAGCGUCGGGCACGACAGUCUCGCAUGUCGCCGACAUCGUCGGCCCUGAGGGCCUGGUGUACGCGGUGGAGUUCUCUCACAGGUCAGGCCGCGACCUGAUUGGUGUGGCUCAGAAGAGAACCAACGUCAUCCCCAUCAUUGAAGAUGCUCGUCACCCACACAAGUACAGGAUGCUCGUAGGCAUGGUGGACACCGUAUUUGCGGACGUCGCGCAGCCCGACCAAGCAAGAAUCGUUGCAAUCAACGCUCACCACUUCCUCAAGAAUGGAGGCCACUUCGUCAUUUCCAUAAAGGCGAACUGCAUUGACUCGACGGCGGAGCCCGAGGCUGUGUUUGCUGGCGAGGUGGAGAAGCUGAAGCAGGAACGCCUCAAGCCUCAGGAACAGAUCACCCUGGAGCCUUAUGAGAGGGACCACGCCGUUGUCGUGGGGGUCUACAGACCACCCAAGAAGUCCGAAGGUUGAGGUCCGGGCACAGCGCAAGAUUUGUUUUUAUCUCAUCACCUUCGUUUUUUUGUGUAUACAUCUAUGACUUUGAAGGGCUCGGCUCAUGUAACUUCUUGUAAUAAAACAAUUCUGGUCUA